UUUUCAUUCUGUUUGUCCGAAACUCCAGAAUUCUUGUAAGGAACAAUUCGUUUAGCCAUGAAAAAAGAAACAUUGACAAGUGAUGCAGUACCAGUGGUUAAUAUUGCCGAGCAGGACGCGAUAAAUAUCAUCGAUUCACCUAAGGUGAAAGUAGAGAACAUUGAAGCAGCCUUUGAUGGUGAAUUCAUUAAAAUAGAGGAGUCGUCUUUUGAUGCAAAUGGUCGUACCUUCACGGCCGAAUCAAGCUACACGGCAGAUGAAAAACUUGGACUGAAAAGCUUGAAUAAGAAAAUUUUAGAAAAUCAGAAAGUAGAAGAGGCACUGAAGAGUACCGCUGCCGAAUUAUCUACAGCUCAAGGGGAGUUGGAGCUUUCGAAAUCACAGGUGCAAGAAGUGGAGCAAAGGCUAGCAUCAAAGGAAGCUAGCAUCAAUGAAUUGACCGAAGAACUGGGAACAUCAACUGCUCGGUAUUCUGACCUUGAGCUAGAACUGAAAAGUGCCAUGGACAAAUGUGCCGAGAAUGAAGGACGAGCCAAUACAAUUCACCAGCGCAGCGACGAACUUGAGGAUCUAAAGCAGAUAUCACAUGGUAAGGCAGUUGAGGCUGGUAAAAAAGUGAGCGAAUUAGAGUUACUUCUUGAAACAGAAAAAUAUAGGAUCAAGCAACUUGAAGAGCAACGUGGGGCUGCAGAAGCAGAAUUCUUGAAAAACACUCUGAAGGUUUCCGAACUUGAAGGACAACUGGAGGCUGUUCAAGUGAAAAAUUCAAGCCUAGAGGUUGCAUUACAGGCUGCCACUGAAAAGGAAAGAGAACUGACCGAGCACUUGCAUAUUACCACAGAGGAGAACAGAAAUUUAAAAGACACGUCGAAAACCGCAAAUGAGAAGCUAUCUGAAGCCAAAAAUCUCAGGCAUGAAUUGAGUACUUCUCACCAGAAAUUGGAGAGCAUCGAAAAUGACCUCAAGGCAGCACGAAUGAGAAAAAAUGAAGUUAUUGAGAAGCUCAAGCCAGCCAAGGAGCAGUUACAGGAACAGGGCAGAGUGUUGGAGAAAGCUACUCUGAGAAGCAUAAAGCUUGAAUCAUUACACAGAACUCUAACAAGAAAAUCAGACCAGGAACUCCAAGAAGCAUUAGCUAAUUUCACCAGAAGAGAUUCUGAGGCAAAAUCUUUGAAAGAGAUAUUAACGAGUCUUGAAGGUCAAGUUAAAAGUCAUCAAGAGCUGCUAGCUGAAGCAAAUGAAAGAUAUGCAGCUGUGAAGGAAGAGCUUGAUCAGAUUGUAGAGAAGCUAGCUUCUUCUGAGAAUGCCAAUAAAGACUUGAAACAAAAGAUUUUGGAUGCAAAAGGCAAAGCCGAACAGCAUGUUGCAGAAAAGGAAUUGUUAGCCGACACCAACUUACAGAUCAGUAAACAGGCCAAAGAACUUGACGAAAAGUUGAAUUUGGUUCUUUCUAUGAAGAAACUCUCGGAUAAGCAGCUUGCUUCUCACACGAGCACUAUCACUGAAUUAAUAAAGCAGCACUCAAGAGCCAUUGAACUUCAAUUAGCAACCGAAGCCCGCUUUUCAGGUGCAGAAGCACAGUUGGAAAGAGAAUUUAAGAAAAAAUCAGAGCUUAGUCAAGAACUGGCUUCAUACAAGUCCAAGUUAAGUGAUUUGGAAACCAAACUGUUUACUGUUUCUUCUGAGAAAAAUGAUGCAGUUGAAAAGCUUCGGUCUGGAAAAAAGGAAAUAGAAUAUUUGAGACAGACACUUCAGAAAUUGGAAAGCAUCGAAAAUGACCUCAAGGCUGCACGAAGGAGAGAAAAUGAAGUUAUUGAGAAGCUCAAGUCAACUGAGGAGCAGUUACAGGAAAAGUUGAAUUUGGUGCUUUCAGAGAAGAAAGUCUCUGAUAAGCAGCUUGCUUCUCACAUGAGCACUAUAACUGAAUUAAGAAAGCAGCAGUCAAGAGCCGUUGAACUUCAAUUAGCAGCCGAAGCCCGCAUUUUAGAUGCAGAAGCACAAUUGAAAAGAGAAGUUGAGGAAAAAUUAAAGCUUGAACAAGAACUGGCUUCAUGUACGUCCAAGUUGAAAAGCGAAGUUGAGGAAAAAUCAAUGCUUAAACAAGAACUGGCUUCAUGUAGGUCCAAGUUGAGAAGCGAAGUUGAGGAAAAAUCAAAGCUUAAACAAGAACUGGCUUCAAUUACGUCCAAGUUGAAAAGCGAAGUUGAGGAAAAAGCAAAGCUUAAACAAGAACUGGCUUCACGUACGUCCAAGUUGAAAAGCGAAGUUGAGGAAAAAUCAAAGCUUGAACAAGAACUGGCUUCAUGUACAUCCAAGUUGAAAAGCGAAGUUGAGGAAAAAUCAAAGCUUAAACAAGAACUGGCUUCAUGUACGUCGGAAAAAUCAAAGCUUAAACAAGAAUUGGCUUCAUGUACGUCCAAGUUGAAUAGCGAAGUUGAGGAAAAAUCAAAGCUUGAACAAGAACUGGCUUCACGUAAGUCCAAGUUGAAAAGCGAAGAAGAGGAAAAAUCAAAGCAAACAAAUGGUACGACAAGUAGCAAUGGAGGUACGAAAAGUAAAGGUAGCAGCUGCAAUAUCCUAUAAUUAAUGACAUGAGAGUUUGAAGACGAUGGGCCACGUGGUUUGUAUCCUAGAAUUCAAGUUUGUUGAAAACUUGAAUUGUUGAGAAAUUGACUUGUUUGCCACUUGAUCUUGUAUUGGACUUCGAGACUUGAAUUUGUUUUGAUUUGAAGGAGACUUUGAUGUUCUUGGACUUUAAAAACUUGAAUUGUUGAGAAAUUUGGUGUU